UGUUUCGGCGGAGCGCGAGGAGCUGUCAGCGGGAACGGUCGCGUCGGCGCGUGGCCGAGGCAGCGGCGGCGGCGGCGGCGGAGGAGAAGAAGCGGAGCCGGCGGCUGCAGCCGAUCCCACUCCCGACCCGAGCCCGCCUCCCACCCCCACUCGAGUCUCCCUUCUCGAGUCGCCGGCAUGGUAGCCGGCAGCCGCUGCUCCGCUUUGGCUUCGGGGGCACCUGUCCCGCUGUGCCCGCAGGCAUCUUCUCCUCCUCCUCCUCCACCACCACCACCACCAGGCGUGACAGCGGCCGCCUGAGACCUUCCUCCCUAGCAGCAGAAGACCUCUCUCUGUGCGUUCAUUUCGGAGGAGCCGGCGGCGGUCGGUAGGCCGGCGCCGGGGCCAAGUCACGGGUAACCGCCCCCCACCCCCAACCGCCGUCACACUUCUUCACCGUCCGCCGCUGACGGCAAACCAUGAUGAAGACCGAGGCUUCGGCAGAGAGAUCGAGUCUCCGCAGCUCCUCUCCGCACCGCAACGCGUACAGGACCGACUUCCAGGCGCUCAAAACCACCUUCAGUAAAACUGGCAGCGACGGAGGGACCGGGACAACGGCAGCCGGGGGCGACUCCAAGGCUAGGGAAGUGUCCCAGAAACCGCCGUCGUCGCAGCAACAGCAGCAGCUGCUGCUGCGGGGAAGGAAGUAUGGCUCCAAUGUUAACCGGAUCAAGAAUAUGCUGUUCCUGCAGAUGGGCAUGGAGUCUGGCGAGGAGAGCGCGGUUGCUGUCCGCGUCCGCGGCGGCAGAGGGGCUCCCUCGUCCCCGCACCGCAGGCUACGAGCCCGCGAUGUUGCGCAGGUGGCAUCCAGCGCUCGGGUCAAGCUGCCGGCUGCUGUGUCCGACCGGACUAGUCGUACGGACUCUCGGAGAGAAGGCCCGCCCAGCGGCUCCAAAUUUUCCGAGACCCGUAAGCUCUUCGAGCAGAGCGCCCGUGACUCGGCGGCUGCCCCGCAACCAGGCUCGCCCAAGAGGGAGAGGAAAUGUCUCCAGGACCAACCGCUGGAUGAACUGCAAGAGGUCCAGAACCUAUGCUGGGAUAAAGGAAGCGCCGAUUCAUUGGACAGCACCUGCCCCAGAACAGAGACUUCGUCGUCUGCUGCCCCACUUUCUGCUGCUUCUCAGAACACCGAGCUACCAGCCUUGACAACUGGCAAAAGCUUUCCGGCUGGACACAAUGCAUGUGUUCCAAAUGCUUCGUCUAAAACACUUGAACUGCAAGAGCAGGGAAAGCAACAGCCGGCUGCUUCCAAAAUUCCUUCUGUUCAGGGCCAGCUUGGAAUUCAUUUUGCAAACCAGGAUGGUGGUACAUGUUCGCCUCGGAAAGGUGAAAAGAAUCACAUUUCGAGCCAACAAGCUUCUCCUUCAGAGACUGCAAAAUCCACUACCCUUUGCCAAAGCAGCGCAGUGAAAGCAAAGCAAAUUAAAUCUGGGAUUAAUGAAUGUACGGAUAAUCGCAACGGAGGAUCUACUGGAGAUUUGGGGAAGCACUUAAAUACUGGUGCGAGUGUGAAUCAUCCUAAUGUUGCCGACCCUCCGAAAAACGAUGCAGUUGCUGCCGAAAUAUCGAUGGGUACGCGAGGUUCAACAGCGGGUGAACAUUUCUCAGAGGAAAGUCCAGCUGACCACCCUGGGUCUUCGGUCGUCAGUCGAUCAACUGACAAAGGCGACAAAAAUGAAUGUUCCGGAACUGAACCUUUUGUUCAACAUGCGGAAAAUGAAGGCGGCGGUGUGGAAUCCGGCGAUGACACUGGUUGGGACCAAACUUAUGAGGACUCGGAGGAACAAUUGGAUAGCGAUGAAAAUAAUUACGAACCCGUUUUGGAACGUACAGAAGUAACAGGAUUGUCCGAUGAAGAUAAUGUUCCAGCCAAGAGGAAAAUUAAGUUCAGCACGGAUCCCAUAAAAGUAUUCCAUACUUACUCUAAUGAAGACUAUGAUAGGAGAAACGAUGACGUCGAUCCAGUUGCAGCAUCUGCUGAAUAUGAAUUGGAAAAGCGUGUAGAAAGGCUGGAUCUUUUCCCAGUGGAACUUGAGAAAGAUGAGGAUGGUCUAGGUAUCAGUAUUAUAGGAAUGGGAGUUGGAGCAGAUGCAGGAUUAGAAAAGCUAGGAAUUUUUGUGAAGACCGUUACAGAGGGAGGCGCAGCUCAAAGAGACAGAAGAAUUCAGGUCAAUGAUCAGAUUGUGGAAGUAGAUGGAAUCAGUCUGGUUGGAGUUACCCAAAGCUUUGCCGCUACUGUUCUACGAACAACUAAAGGCAAAGUUAGGUUCCUCAUUGGCCGAGAGAAACCUGGACAGAGCAGUGAAGUAGCUCAACUGAUCAGACAAACUCUAGAGCAAGAACGGCAUCAAAGAGAACUGCUUGAACAGCACUAUGCUCAGUAUGGUGAGGAUGAUGAUGAGACAGGAGAAUAUGCCACUGAUGAAGAUGAUGAUGAUGAAGUGGGCUCAGUACUUACUGGUGAUGAGGUGGCGAUUGAAGUGUUUGACCUCCCUGAAACCGGUGAUGUGCUUUCUCCCACAGAGGUGGAUACCAACAAGAUUGCUCACAAAUUCAAAGAGCUACAGAUUAAGCAUUCUGUUACUGAAGCUGAAAUUCAGAAAAUGAAAGCUAAGCUUAAAUUAGCAGAUAAUGAAAAAGUUCAAUGGGAACUCGAAAAAACACAACUGCAACAGAACAUUGAAGAGAACAGAGAAAGAAUGUUAAAACUGGAGAACUACUGGAUUGAGGCACAGACCCUAUGUCAUACCGUGAAUGAGCAUCUGAAGGAAACCCAGAGCCAGUACCAGGCUCUAGAAAAGAAGUACAACAAAGCCAAGAAGCUCAUUAAAGAUUAUCAGCAAAAGGAAAUAGACUUUGUUAAGCAUCAAGAUGCUGAAAAAAAGAAAUUGGAAGAAGUUGGAAAAGCACAUGCAGCAGAAGUUAAGAAACUUCAGAGCAGGAUUACAGAAUUGAAGGUCGAACUUCAAAAAUUGACACGAGCCAAUGGGACGCAAGUGAACAACAAUAAUAAUAUCUUUGGAGAGGAGCAAGACAGGAGAAUAUCAAUGGAUACAACUAGAGAGACACCAAUUGAAGCAAUUGAAACCUUGACAAGAAUACAGAAGAAUCACCACAACAGUUCAAUUGAAGGUGUGGGAGAAACUGAGUCUUCAACCAUAAAGUCAACUGACACUGAUGAGGUUGUCGAUUUCAAUGCAGCUGUCCCUGAAACAGAAAGAUUAGAUAGUAAAGCCCUAAAGGCUCGAGUUAAUCUUUCAGCCAAAUCAAAGCGACAACGACCUUCCAGGUCUCGACAACAUGACAGUGUUAGUUCAACUGAUGGCGAUGACAGUCUUGAACAAAAGCCUACAGAUGGUUUUGGAAGCCCCAUGCAUAUUUCCAGAUCUCCAUUGUCAACGUCUUUGAGGACCUGUUCACCGGCAUCAGAUUCUGGAGCAUCAUCAUUGUCUCCAGUAGUCAGCAAUACAGUCUUCAUGUUUGAUACCACAGUGGAAAAUCAAAUUCUGGGAGACCAUAACCAUCAACCACCAUCAGAGGGCUCUUCUCAGGAUACUGUGGGAGGGACCCCAACUUCAUCGCCUUCAAAAUCCUGCCACAUUGCUGCUUUGCCUCCAUUGCAUCAUGUGGACAACCACAGCAAAAUGAGAAAAUCUGCAGAUGACAGCAGAGCUGUUUCUUCAAAGAAAGUCAGAUCUCUUCUUCAGAAAGAGAGCACAAAGCUUAAAAAGUUUCAUGAUUUUGGGUUUCCAUCACAAAAAACUUCAAGUAAAGGGAAAAAACAGAAGGACAAAAAGAAAGAAGCCAAUAGACUUUCAUCUGGAAGCAGGUUUGCCAAUGAUGCACUCGGAAGCUCAACAAGCAACCUUUCAGUAGGAGAGUCAUCGUCCUCCAUCCCACCUUGUGUACUUUUAUCCUGGUUUGGAGAAAGUGGUAAAAGAUACAACUCUUCCAGCAAUUUGCCAUCCCCUAGCAGCUCAACAGGACCAUCUUCUGAGAGCCUAAGCCCAGAAAAACAGAGAUUUAAGAAUUUCACCUACAAUGAUGACUUUAGUCCCAGUAGCACAAGUUCUGCUGAUUUGAGUGGAUUUGUUGCAGAACCAAAUUCUACAGGGCGCUCACACACAUUGGCACUAUCCUCUGAUGAAAGCCUGGAUAUGAUAGAUGAUAAGAUUCUUGAUGAAGGACAAUCACCCAAACAUAAUCAAUGGAAGACUUGUUCUGUUUUGGAUUGGACCACACAUCAGGUUUCUCAUUGGCUUAUGGGACUAAACAUGGAACAAUAUAUUCCACAAUUUGUUGCCAAAAACAUUGAUGGAGAACAGUUGCUCCAGUUGGAUGGAAACAAACUGAAGGUAUUGGGUAUUAAUGUUUCUCAAGAUCGAACCAUCAUCAAAAAGAAACUCAAAGAGUUGAAAUCAUCAAUUGAGAAAGCACGUAAAGCACAGCAGAAAUUGCAGAAACAAAGGGAAAAACAGAGAAAAAAGGAACAGGAACAGCUUCUGAAAAAGAAUAAGAAAACAAGCAAGUUAACAUUUGUAGCAACCGAACCUGAUACUGAGUAAGGAUGUAGAAGUUCUGACUUUAAAAAAGACUGAAGGGAUUUUAAUAGAUUCCCAGGCUGCUGCACCCUGUGUACAGUUUUGAGAGGUAUGCACAUAAUCUCAUUUUACAAACACCUCAGAAUUAGUUGUCCUUUGAUGCCAUCAUACAAGGACCUGAAAACAGCAGCUUUUUAAAAUUAUUGUUAGUUUUCCAAUGCAUACAUUGGCUCGUGUGUAAGACUUCUGCAUAACUUCUCUGCAUUAAAAUUAUACAGCAUGAAGCCUAAUAAACUAUUAAAACAACUUGUGGGAAAAGUGAUCAACUUUAAAAAAGGUUUUUUUUUUUUUAAAUGGUGUGGAACUUGGCCUCUGCAUUAACUGCAGCCUUGUCCUAGAAUUUGCAUAUUUUAGAAAACUAAAAUACACAGUACAUUACAUACAAUUACUAAAUCUGCUAACUUUUUGCUCAGCAAAAUAUUUUCUCAUUAAUCAAAGACAGCCCCAAAUACCAAUUCUGAAUUAUGUUUGCAUUGAAAUUCAUUGCUUUGAACUUCUUGGUAGAAAGCCAUGUCAAUCGAAAAACCCUGAAAUACAUGAGGAUAUAGCUAUGGAUGAGGGCAAAUGUGUAUUUUACUCCACCAAUAAGCAAGUUCUUUACAUGAUUUUUUGAGUAGAAUAUUAUUGCACACUCCAUUUUUCUUUAUAUUUAUUACAAAAAUGUCAUGUUUCAAUAUUUCACUUAAAGUUACAUAAAUAACUGAUAACGCACUGAAAACAUUUCAAAAAAGAAAAUAGAUUUGAAAUAAGCAGUUAAGAUAAUGUUUUGAUUUAUAAAUUGUCACAACAAAAAUUAUGUGGCAGGCAAAUGAUUAAACUAUUGGGAGUUUAUUUGCUGAUGUUCUAAGGCAUGGUUUGAUGUUGAAAAUGGGGGGGGUGGGGGGUUAACAGACAGCAGUUUAAUAAUAUCUGAUCACUGUUAUUCUAUAGUUACAGAUUUUUUUUUUGAAAUUCCACAAUAGAUGGUAAGGUUUAUUUAUGCCAAUUCGGCAAUGAUAGCACACUACGACUUUGAUUUGAUUGUUAAGGUAGGUACAAGUAGGUAUUGUCUGCAUUGAUGGAUUUGCAUAAGAUAAUUAUGUAUUUGUGUCUUUAAUGAUUUGGAACAUAUCCCAUUUGACUGAGAAUAUCAUAUUAUACCACACUAGGGUUAAUGAGGUAUUGAUUCCUCAUUUGGAUAUUAAUCUGCCACACAUGUAUAAAUAAUAUAUUUCCUUAACACCAACAUCUUAAUUUUUAGUAUUGCCAUGUAUUCUUGCUCAUGAUUUGAGGGAUAAUGAAGGCUUUGCUGAGAUCUUAUUGGAAGCAUUAUUACUUUAGAGGUAAUUAAAGAAUGCCCUAUCUCAUGAAAUAUAGUUUGGAACAUGAUUUACGUAUUUAAAAAUCUAAUUUUCAGCCCCCUUUGUAUAUUGUUUGAAUUAAGCCUGUUCGGUUUUUGGAUUAUAUAGAUUUGCAUUUAGUAGAAGCUCUGACUUCAUUAAUGAAAGCCUUUAAAGGUGUCAUUUUUCAUGUCUUCUCCAUCACAUUGUAGUCUGUGUAUUUUGUUUAUGAUCACAACAGUUUGUAAUUUGAGCCAGUAGUUAAUAUUUAAUGUAAGUGUGAGCAGAAUCAAAUAUUGAACAUAUUUUUAUAUGAAAUUUUGAUAAUGUGGCAUUACGCACUUUCACCAUCACUGUUUUAAUUUUCAUUUUGCUACUUUGAAAAUAUUUUGUGGCUGUCAAUUUUUGGUUCUUGUGCAUUAGAAUUAAGCAGCAAAAGAAGUAUGGGCAUUUAAUUAAACUAAUUCAACAAAGUUAUUGAGGGGUUUUUUCCCAUUUAGAGAUUUACUGUAGUUUAGUUUGCCACUGAUAAUCUUGUUUUUAAAAGUACCAGACUAAUUAAACUGUUAUUCCAGGGAUUUAUUAGUAUUUAUUACUAGUCAUAACAAAGUAUACAUUUGAAAGAAUAUAAAUGUACCAGUUAUAAUAGGUUUAUCAUUUGUACACUGCCUUGAGCUGAACCAAGGUGCUUGGGUACAAGUGCAGUUUAGCCUACUGAAUUGUUCAGACAAGUGGUUUGAUCUACUGUAUUUCUUUUACAUCUCUGACCAGUAAUGCAUUUGAAUUACCCUGCUAUAGUUCUAUCCUACAUUUGAAAUAAUUCCUUCCCAUUAUAAAAAAUAUCAUCUUUUCAGUUAACCUUUCUUAGCUUCCUUUCGAUCAGGUAAUCUGUCACCUAACCUACUAAAUAUAAAUAUUAAAGCCUGAGAAGAAAGGAAAAAUAAUGCCAAAAGUGACAUUUUACAUGAUGCUGUACAGAUGCCUUUCAUCCAUUUAGGUCAAAAGGAAGGUUUAUACCAACUCUCCAAUUUAGAUUGCUGCAAUUGUUCCAUCUCAAUCUCAUCUUUCCUAGUUGCAGUAAUGACAUUUUUCCAUACCAUUUGUUGCAAGAUGUUUUUUGAGCUACAUGUAAAAUGUUCAAUAUAUAAGCAUCAAGUCUCAGUUUAAUGACACAAUUAUGUCAGGUAAUUUAUCUAUUAUGUUUUUACACAAGCAAGAUAUUGUCUCACCAUUAAUGCUGGAUAAUUAUUCACUAAAGUGAAAACUGCAGAAACAUAUCUAACUAAUUUCUGAAGUUACAAUCACCAUUCUGUAAUAAACUGAAUCAGUUGGUCUGGUAUUUAUUGUUUUUGGAUAUAUUUUAAGUGUAGAUAACUACUUUCCAGUUAAACACUGUGAAACUGAUAUGGGGGGGGGGGGGGGGUGGAACUGAAAAUUAACUUUACAUAUAAUUAAUAAAUACCCAAAACAGUGAAAUAAUUCUAGCAAAUUUCUCAGAUAGAGAUAGUAAUCCACAAUAGGAAGACCUGUACAGAAGGGAGUGUUUUUUUGAUAUAUAACAAACUAUUAAAGGAUGUUGUAUUGGUGUUUUUGGUAUUCAUAAUUGUGUAACAGUUAAGUAAUUUAAGUAAUACAGUUACAUGUAGCUGAAGAAUGACUGGGCAGCUAACUAAAAAAAUGCACUGAGGAUGUUGAAAUUGUUUUUAUUUGCUGGAUCUACUUAAUUGUACGAUAAGUACCAAAAGAUGAAAGAAUUGACUUUGAAUAAAAUGUGCACAAAUAACAUAGCUUGACGUCUGAUUUGAAGAGCUAUUCAGUGUUCCUCUUCCUGCAUGAGAAUGAAAACAGUGCCAUGCCUGAAUUUAGUCUGUGCUAGUGAUGUAUAGAUUCCUAUGUUACGUUUACAAACUCUCAUUUUCAAUGUUUUAUUUUAAUGUUAAUGACUGAUGGGAGUUCAUAAUGACUAGUAUGUUUUUUUAAUUUUUAAAUGCCUGUGAAACUAUUUGGAUAAAUGUAAAUAAACAACUUGCCAAUGAUUAAGCACUGUUGUCAGACAACAUGCAUUAAACAAGUGAAAAA